AUGAAGCCCACCCUGCUGCUUGCAGCGACUGCUCUUCUGGGCGUGUCGUCUGCAAAGGUGCAUAAGCUAAAACUCCAGAAAAUACCUCUCUCGGAGCAGUUUGCCAAUGUCAACAUCGACGCCCACGUCCGGGCGCUUGGGCAAAAGUACAUGGGAGUCAAACCGAAUCAAAAUGGCCAGGACGUUUUCGGAGACCCUGCCAAAGCUUCUGGGGGUCAUUCUCUUCCAGUAGACAACUUCCUCAACGCUCAAUAUUUUUCUGAGAUUGGCAUCGGUACUCCACCCCAGACGUUCAAGGUUGUCCUCGAUACAGGAAGCUCCAACCUCUGGGUUCCAUCAUCCGAAUGUGGCUCCAUCGCCUGCUACCUUCAUAACAAGUACGACUCGUCCGCGUCGUCCACCCACAAGAAGAAUGGUUCCGAAUUCUCCAUUACCUACGGCUCUGGCAGUCUCACUGGCUUCGUUUCACAAGAUUGUCUGACGAUUGGUGACCUGGUUGUGGAAAGCCAAGUUUUUGCUGAGGCAACCAGUGAGCCUGGUCUUGCAUUUGCCUUUGGCCGAUUUGACGGCAUCCUUGGCUUGGGAUACGACACUAUCUCCGUCAACAAGAUCGUCCCUCCGUUCUACGAAAUGCUCAACAAUAACCUACUUGACGAACCCAUGUUCAGCUUUUAUCUGGGUGAUGCCAACGUCGAUAGCGAUGACUCAGAGGUCGUUUUUGGAGGCAUGAAUGAGGAUCGUUUUACGGGGAAACUUACAAAGAUCCCUCUUCGCCGCAAGGCCUACUGGGAGGUUGAUCUUGAUUCUAUCACCUUCGGCAAGCAGACUGCUCUGAUGUCCAACACGGGUGUAAUCCUUGACACCGGCACAUCCCUCAUUGCACUCCCUUCUACCAUCGCCGAGCUUCUUAACAAGGAAAUCGGGGCCAAGAAGUCUUUCAAUGGGCAAUACACUGUUGAAUGUGCGAAGCGUGACAGUCUCCCCAAUCUGACAUUCGGUCUGUCCGGCCAUAACUUCACCAUCGGUCCUUAUGACUACACCUUAGAGGUGCAGGGGACCUGCAUCAGCAGCUUCAUGGGCAUGGAUUUCCCAGCGCCGGUUGGCCCUCUUGCCAUCCUUGGCGAUGCCUUCUUGAGAAGAUACUAUACCGUCUAUGACUUGGGCAAUGAUGCUGUCGGCUUGGCUCCAGUCAAGUAA